UUCAUUCAACUACAAUAUAAAAUUCACUGCACCGGUUAUAAAAAUGACAAAAAACUGGAUCACAUUUUUGCUGUCGUUCUUAUCGGUUACUAUGUUUUUUGCCACUGCUAUACCAUCUGAAGGGCAUCAGAAUAUGACGGAGGACUUCACUCAGCUGAGUGUUACACGGAAUAAAAUUAUGACAGCACAGUAUGAAUGCUACCAGAAAAUUAUGCAAGAUCCUAUUCAUAGGAAAGAAGGUCCUUACUGUAACAGGACAUGGGAUGGCUGGUUGUGCUGGAGUGAUGUUGCUGCCGGAACUGUGUCAGUACAGCGUUGUCCUGACUACUUUCAGGAUUUCAACCCAUCAGAAAAAGUUACGAAGAUCUGUGAUCCAAGUGGGAAUUGGUUUAGACACCCAGAAAGCAACAGGACAUGGACAAACUAUACCCAGUGUAAUAUCUAUACGCAUGAAAAAGUGAAGACUGCUCUGAAUUUGUAUUACUUGGCCAUCAUCGGACAUGGUCUUUCAAUUGCAUCACUUCUGAUUUCUCUUGGCAUAUUCUUUUAUUUUAAGAGCUUGAGUUGCCAAAGGAUUACCCUGCAUAAAAAUCUGUUUUUCUCUUUUGUUUGCAACUCUGUUGUAACAAUAAUUUCACUGACUGCAGUUGCCAACAAUCAGGAGUUAGUUGCAACUAAUCCAGUUAGUUGCAAAGUGUCACAGUUCAUCUACCUGUACCUAAUGGGUUGCAACUACUUUUGGAUGCUGUGUGAAGGCAUUUACCUGCAUACUCUCAUUGUAGUGGCUGUUUUUGCUGAGAAACAACACUUGAUGUGGUAUUACCUUCUUGGCUGGGGUUUUCCACUGAUCCCUGCCUGCAUACAUGCCGUUGCUAGAAGUUUAUAUUAUAAUGACAAUUGUUGGAUCAGCUCUGAUACUCAUCUACUGUACAUCAUCCAUGGCCCUAUUUGUGCUGCUCUGUUGGUGAAUCUUUUCUUCCUGCUAAAUAUUGUUCGUGUUCUCAUAACCAAGCUGAAAGACACCCACAAGGCAGAAUCCAACCUGUACAUGAAGGCAGUGAGAGCCACCCUCAUUCUUGUCCCACUACUUGGUAUUGAAUUUGUGCUGUUUCCAUGGCGACCAGAAGGCCGGAUUGCUGAGGAAGUGUAUGACUAUGUGAUGCACAUCCUUAUGCACUACCAGGGUCUACUGGUGGCUACAAUUUUCUGCUUCUUUAAUGGAGAGGUCCAAGCUGUUUUGAGAAGACACUGGAAUCAGUACAAAAUCCAGUUUGAGCACAGCUUCAGCCACUCGGAUGCUAUGCGCACCGCUUCCUACACUGUAUCGUCAAUCAGCGAUGUUCAAGGCUACAGCUACAAUCACGACUGCACCAGUGAACAUUUAAAUGGGAAGGGCUACCAUGACAUGGAGAGUGUUGUUUUAAAAACUGAAAAGAUGUAUGGUUGACUGCCAAAGGCUUGGCCUAUGCCAGUGUGCUUACCCUUGUGAACUCCAAGUUUGAUUUAAUGACUUCACGGCCAGAAGAUUUGACCUAACUUGGGAUAUGUUGUUCUCCCGAAUGAUGCAAACUAAAUCAACACGUUUUUGAUAUGUAUGUAUAUAUAUGCCUAUAUACAUAUGUUUGUGUUUCUGUGUAUCUAUAUAGUAUGGACAUCUGUACAUAUAUAUCUAUAUAUGUAUGUGCAUUUAUAUAAGGAUACAAACUUUGCCUCUUCAGUUUCUACUGUGUAGACAAAGUUGGCAAUUUUUUGUACAAAGGGAAUCAAUGAAGGAUUUCUUAUUUUCUUGGAAGUUUGUAUAAGACUGUGUUGUGUUGAAGCCACUUCAUUUGCAUUUAGAAUCUUAGCGUGUACAUACAAUACUGUAUUGUCUUAAUUCAAUCUAAACCAGAACAAAGCAAAAUGGUUAAAGUAGGUGCAAUAAUAACAAUAGAUUGUCCAGGUUAAUUUUGUGUCCAGCAUUUGACUGUCAAAAAAGCCCAACAGGUAGUUUGAGGUAACAGACUCAAAGAUAUUGAUGGUUUGGUUUGGCCAGUUGUUUUUUUCCCCUAUUUUAAAUCAAACAUAGAGACACCAGUGCAAGUCUGAGACUCUACUUACUUCUGUACUGCAAUGUAACAUUUUAUGGCAACCUUUGAACAAUUUUAUUUAAACUAUUUUUGCAUAUGCAGGAGUGUCUCCUUCUCCUCAAGUUUAUACAAGUUUCUUAUUGGCUUUAACAGAGACAAGAUCUCUACAAUUACAAGAUCUCUCUACAAUUACCUGAAAGGAGGUUGCAGAGAGGUGGGUGUUGGUCCCUUCUCCCAAGUGACGAGUGACAGGACAAGAGGAAAUGGCCUCAAGUUGCACCAGGGGAGGUUCAGGCUGGAUAUUAGGAAAAAUUUCUUUCCUGAGAGAGUGGUGAAGCAUUGGAACAGGCUGCCCAGGGAGGUGGUGGAGUCACCAUCACUGGAGGUGUUCAAGGAACGUGUAGAUGUGGCACUGCGGGACAUGGUUU